GCAGCAUGAGGGAGUCGCGCUUCAGGGAGCACUUCUGGAGCACGGACUUGACAAGCACAGUGGGCUAUGACAACAUCAUUCAACACUUGAACGAUGGCAGGAAGAACUGCAAAGAGUUUGAAGACUUUUUGAAGGAAAGAGCAAUCAUAGAAGAAAAAUAUGGCAAAGAGCUCAUUAACCUAUCAAAGAAGAAGCCCUGUGGGCAGACGGAGUUGCACACCCUGAAGAGAUCUCUUGAUGUUUUUAAGCAACAGAUAGACAAUGUGGGACAAAGUCACAUCCAGCUGGCACAAACCUUUCGGGAGGAAGCAAAGAAAAUGGAGGACUUCAGGGAAAAGCAAAAACUGCAUCGGAAAAAGAUAGAGCUCGUGAUGGAGGCGAUUCACAAAAACAGGAAUUUGCAGUACAAGAAGACUAUGGAGGCAAAGCGGCUCUACGAGCAGCGUUGCAGGGACAAAGACGAGGCAGAGCAGGCCGUGCACCGCAACGCCAACCUGGUCACACAGAAGCAGCAGGAGAAGCUGUUCCUGAAGUUGGCUCAGACGAAGUCGGCUCUGGAAGACUCUGACAGGAGCUAUCAGCAGAAUAUUGCUGCACUGGAGAAGAUCCGGGAAGAAUGGCAGAAGGAGCACAUCAAAGCGUGCGAGUUCUUUGAGACUCAGGAGUGCGAACGGAUCAGUUAUUUCCGCAGCGCCCUGUGGCUUCACACCAACCAGCUCUCUCAGGACUGUGUCCAGAAUGACGAGAAAUACGAGGACAUCCGCAAGAGUUUAGAAAUGUGCAGCGUUGAGAAGGAUAUUGAUUUUUUUGUAAAUUUACGCAAAACUGGAAGUUUGGCUCCAGCUCCUGUUGUUUAUGAAAAUUACUAUAAUGCACAGAGAAAUGCAACACCCGUGAGAAGUCCAGCUCCWGUACCUAUAUCAAGGAGAGGACCUUUGCCACCCCCAGCCAGCGGGCCAGAUGAUCCUGAUUAUGUUACAGUCGAUGGCUACAGCUUGAUACAUCACUAACAGCCGCAGUUCUCCGGGCGGUACCUGGGAGCAGGAGCAGCGUGGCAGAGGUGGCCUGUUCAGCUGUUCCCAGCAACACAGCACCAAAGUGCUUCUCCAUUCUAAGAAACCAACUGGGGACCUUGAUAAUUAUUUGURCAUUCAGAAAGCGGCUACUAAAAAAUCUGCUCCUUUCAUCAGCAAAUUCCCUCGACAGGCAUCUCACCUUCACACUCAGGGAAAGAAAAAGCAAAAGCAAUGGAMCUGCAUGCAGGAGGAUCUUCUGUGUCAGCAGCAGAUUUGCUUUAAAGUCCUUUUAAUGUACACUGAUCUGGAAGAGCCUGCGAGCUGUUACUCUCUAGAUAUGUCAUAUGUGCCAAGGGGAGCCCUGUGCGAUGCUUUGGGCGCCUUGCUUUGUGUUCAGAGGGCACUUGUCCCACUCACAUCUCAGGUUAUUCAAAGCUGAGGUUGCACUUUGGCCCAUUUCUAAACUUUUGUCUG